AUGUCAUUCGGCUCGAGGUGCCUUUGCCCAAUGGGUGCUGACGCUCCAGCACGUCUUGGCGUCGAUGCAGAUAUUGACAGCUUUGCUCGCUCUUCUGAUUGCGGCGGCAAUCACCGCAUAUGGAGUGCGUUCGCCCUUCCCAAUCGCUUCCAACGGCUCCUGGCUCAUCUUUUCGUUCGUCGUCCUGGCUGCCGUAUCGACGGCAUGGAUCUCGCUUCUGUUGCCGGUGCUGAUGGAUCACUUUCAGCCAAGCAUAGCUACUCUUUUGUCGCCUUGCCGCCUGGCAAAUCGCACGGACGCUGA